UUUGUGUGUGUGAGGAGAUUGUAAUGAUGCUCUUGAGCACGUGGAGGUCAUUUCUAAAUUGUGUCCUCCCAUCAGUGGCCUGGGUGCUCUCCAUCUGUAGAUGCCACAUCUCAGAAGUUCAACAUGGCCUCCUGUAAUCCGCUCAUGUCCUUAAUCUCUGCCGCCGCGCGCGCGCCCUCAUGUGGCCAGUUGGCGUAAGGUGCAGGCAUAUGCCUCACUGUUGACUGCAGAUUUUACAAUUACAAUAAAUAACAAAAAAACAUGUAAAUUAAAGAAACAUUUGAGCCAUGGGUACAUUUAUAGUACAUAUUGUAAUUUAAGAAUUCUUUCUUUUGUAAAAUUCAGAAUUUAAUUGUAAUUUAACCAUCUUUUUUCAGUUGCGGUGCACAUUUGGUGCUGUUAUUUGAUAUGGCAUUGUGGAAACUUGCCUUUUGAUGUAUAGCUAUGCAACAAUACCUGUAUUUUUCUGUGGCUAUUGAAGAGGUCGAGUCUGUGCUCUAUUACAGAACAAACUUCCCUCCACUUUACAGCCCUCCCUCCAGUUUGUUCAUGGAAGGCCACAUUUAAAAUGUAACCCCACCUGUAACCUCCCACAGGCCAAUCGGCUGGAGAAAUGUCAGCACAGAUGGCACACCCUCCUUUGGUCAAAACCAAUCAGAGUGGGAGUGUGGCCUUUUGCCUGAGGGGAAAACUUACCCCUGGUUACGUUAAUUACGCAUCACUUAGCUGUUGCCAAUGUGUUCACAACGGUGGACCCUCUUUUGGGCUUUUUACAACGAUUACCUUCCUUUUUCUGUCAAUCUAGUAUGGAAAGUAGACAACAAUGGCUCACCCGGCUGAAAAAUGAACUUAGCAACAGUCCUCUGGUGUCAAACGUGGCUUUUGGCUUUAUCCUCAUGGGACUAGAGAAACUUGUGGAGCUGGAGUUUGAGUGUCCUUGCAGCCCUACAUGGAAUGGAGUGUUUUCAUCAGCGUUCUUCAUCAUUCCUGCCGUCAUGGCCUUCACCCUGAUGUUGAUCAUUCAAGGAUGCAGAUGUGAUACGUGGUGCAGGAAAACACUUUCCCUCUCCAGUUUUGUUCCUGCUAUCGUGUGGCUGAUUCUGCUGUUCCUCGAUGGCCAGUACUUUGCCUGUGCUAUGACAGAUUGGGAGGGCAGGUUCGUACUAGUUGACAAGGCAGCUCCACAAAAGUGGUGCGAGCCAAUAAGUGAGGGCAAUGUCACCCCGCAAGAACUAAUGCUCCGUUCACAGCAGCUGUUUGUGUUUUCUCAGGUUAUAGGCAUAAUCCUCCUUAUUUUCAUCUGUGUGGGUCUUGUAGUUUAUGUAAUCAGAGAAAGCUGCGAACAAGAGGUGGAGAUGCAGGAUGCAGAUUCAAAUGUAGCGGAGCUCACUGUGCUCAGGAUGAGCUCUCUACGGACCAGAACAUCAUGAAGGACUUACACCGCCCACAACACCUUUGAGGACACUGUAAAUACCACGAAGAGACUUUUUUCUUCUCCUUAAUGUUGUGCCGUUUGGAAAUAAUAUAACCCUUCAGUAAUUUGGACAAACUGUACGUCUUGAACUAUCACCAGUGCUGCUAUAUAAAGUUACCAUGACUACUACAUCCAGCAUUGUGCCACAGUUAAUCUGAUAAAUCAUGCAGUAACUUAUAAGUUAUUUAAGGUGUGGUUUAACAUUUUGGAAGACACACUUGACAAUCUUUUCUUUGUUUAUUCUUUUUGCUUUUUUGUGAUUUUUAUAUAUAUAUUUUUUAUAUUAUUGUCAAAAAGUAAAUACAAAUAUUCAGCCCACAACCAUUUCUGUCCAGUACGAAUCACAGACAUUGACGAUGAAUUUAGCUAUCCUUAAAGACUGAAAACAGUGGGAACUGGUCAACUCCUUUUAAAAUGAGCCCGUGGCACCAGCACAUUUGUAGAUGACCAUUUCCUGACUGGGAACGACAAGGAUCAAGUGGAGGCUGCCAGAAGUUGCCGCAAGACAUUCCUAAGCACACAACUCAUGUUAUUGUAAAUAAUGUAUUUCCUUCUUUUCUCCAGUGUUUGUUGUGAGCUACAAUAAUUACUUGGUGACCCUCUUUUCAUAUUCAAUUUAACAGACACAAAUGUGGAAUUUUUUUAUCUAACUUCCACAAGAACACAAUUAAGCCAAUUUAUUCCUAAAAAAGUCACGGUUUCUUUUAAAUUAUGCUUCACUUCGUCACAUAUUGUGAAAUUCUAGCCAGCGGCACAGUAUUUAUCACCCACCAGAUAGUAAUAUUAAUCUGACUAAUUUUAGUUGAUUUGGAAUUCAGUUUAAUGGAUGUAUGUCCUCCCCGGGAAAACAAGAGGGGGAUGAAAUAGAGACUAUAUCAGCAAAGUGACAUUUCUGUUCUCGCUUCUGGACUGUAAAUCUCUUAAGCGUUCAGAAGUCGUACUCACGUAAUCCCACGUAAUCCCAGUAAACAGUAGUAAUUCAGACUGUCUUGAAAAUCCCAUUGAUUUAAGUGUUUGACCGCUACAACUGUGAAAGUGUUCACAUUAAUUUGUGUCAUGGCCACAAGGUAGGAUGUAGACACGAACUCAAAAACAAGACUUUCAAAAAU